GUUUGUGGCUGAGAGCUGGACCCUCGUCAUUGCCACGUAGGUUGUCACCGAGGCAGGGUAACCCAUGGUAACUAAGCUCGGAUCGGUUAAGGGGCAGAGUGCCUCCCCUCUUUCCUGCUCCUAUAAAAGAGAUCCGGGAAAGGGACCCUAGCAGCCUUGAGCUCUCAGCGUGGGUGAAGGUGUGGGAAGAAAUGCCCAAGAUCCCUGCAGCAGAGCGCACCAGCUGCAGAGACAAGGCCAGCAUGUCACUGAACUUCAAACUCCAGGCUUACUUCAUUCUGAUCCUCCUGACUGCUCUAAGGGGAGAGAGCCGCUACCUAGAGGUACAAGAAGCCGCGGACUAUGACCCUUUCUUGCUCUUCAGCGCCAAACUGAAGCGGGACCUGUCCGGAGAGCAGGGGGAGCAGCCAUAUCGCCGAGCUCUGCGGUGCCUGGACAUGCUGAGCCUCCCUGGCCAGUUCACCUUCACCGCCGACCAGCCGCAGCUGCACUGCGCCGUCUUCUUCAUCGGGGAUCCCGAUGAGUUCAUCACCAUCCACUUCGACCUGGUCUCCAUCGACUGCCAGGGUGGGGACCUCCUGAAGGUAUUUGAUGGUUGGAUCCUCAAGGGGGAGAAGUUCCCAAGUUCUCAGGAUCACCCUCUACCCACUACGAAGCGGUACACAGAUUUCUGUGAGAGUGGUCUUACCAGAAGGAGCAUCACAUCUUCCCAGAAUGUGGCCAUGGUCUUCUUCCGGGUCCAUGAACCAGGAAAUGGAUUCACAUUAACCGUCAAGAAAGUCCCCACCCUCUUCCCUUGCAAUGUCAUCUCCCAGACUUCGAGCGGAAGGUUUACUCUGGUGGUCCCACACCAGCACCAAAACUGCAGCUUCUCCAUCAUCUACCCUGUGGCAAUCAGAAUCUCUGAUCUCACCUUGGGACACGGGCAUGGCCUUCAGAAACCCUCGGAUGACUGUGGUGGGACCGGCGACUUCGUGGAGCUGUUGGGAGGAAACGGAUUGGACCCCUCCAAGAUGAUGCCUUUAGCAGACCUGUGCUUCCCCUUUCAAGGCCCUGCCCAGAUGAAAAUCAGCUGUGACAACACCGUGGUGCGCAUGGUCUCCAGCGGAAAACAGAUCAACCGCGUGACAUUUGAGUACCGCCAGCUGGAACCGUCCGAGCUUGAAACCUCGGACGGAAAUAGCAUCCCGGAAUUCUGUUUGUCUCGUCUUUGAAGAACCGGCUCAGGGAUCAACUCGCUGCCGGUUGAGUGACAGUUAUUGUAGCUGAUCUGGACCGGGCAGCGAGUGAAAAGCUUUCCAUGGCGGUCAGUAUUCCAGGCCUCACACACGUGCACACUCGACUUUCAGUUUGGCUUCCUUUUGUUGUAUCAAAGAACAGAAGACAGACACCAGGUUGGAGUUGGAAAUGCUUGGUGGUUUGGGUGGGCUGCGUACAUGAACCGGCGAAGCAAGGCUAAGCCAGGGAGGGGAACAGUUGUGUGGCAAGGACAGAUCCCACGAAGAGAGGAGAAUGGCGGCACUCACAGUUUUAUGACUGAAUAGAAACGUGUCUGGGGUAUACCAAAGGAAUUGUAUCUGUUAUUUGUACAUCAUACUUCUGUUUACAAAUUGUAGCUAUUAGUUAUUAAUUGGUCAUACUUGUUUUUUUUUUUUUUUUAACCAACACUUUGUAGCAUGGGAACAAAAAAGAAAAAAAAAAACCUUUCUGUUCACAAAUCCAAAUGUGAAUAAAAUAUACGCAGAAUGUUGGCA